UGUAUUUCUAUUCUCUUCAACCACGACAGAGAUUUCACAAGAACUCAUCUUUGAAGUUUAAAUCAAUAGCAUAAAAAUUUAUUAUACAUGACAAAUUAAAUCAAUCAGAUAAUGAUUACAAAAGAGUAAUAGCAAGAGAGGCAGAAACCAAAUUCACCUGCUUGUUCCUCUGCAGAGAGAACUGAGAGGUCGGAAAAGGUCCGCUGUGUGCUACCAGCGGACCCUCUGCGAAGCGCUCUGAAAACCCCAGCCUGUGAAGGCCUGCUUUUAACCACCACCUAAAAUCUUUCCACAUGUCCAAAUAAGGACGUGUAGAUGUUUUUCUCGGCUACUCUGAAGGUCCUGGCGCUGGGCCGUGUUAUCUGUCCAGCUCCCGGAUGCAUCUGGCCCACCAUCAACCUCCUAAUUCCUUUCCCAGCUGAAGACAAGGACCUCCAGUUUCAGGCCCUCCUCAUGGCCAGAGGAUGAUGAUGAUGAUGAACUGGCAGCUGCAUCCCAGGCUGUGGAAGAUAGAAUAAAGUCCCAGAAGUCACAUUCCCGGGAUCCCCUGCCCUUGAAUUCGCCUUCAAAGACAUCCAAACAUGCAUUACACCCCCCGGAUGAGAAGCGUCACUCAGCCUCACAGAACACGUCUGCUGCCUGGCUGGAUGAGCCAGAGUCUACUGUUCAGCCCACAGAGGCUCCAUCCACAUCCCAGGGUGGUGUUCCUCCUUUGCAGACACCUCUAAGUGACUUACCUGUGGAGUUAGACGGUUGGGUGCGCCUGUGGGAGAAUCCUGAUGGCAUCCCAUCUGCUGACAUUCACUGGCUUAAGGAGGACACCACAAGAGGAAUGUUCACCGCUGUUCAUGUGUACAAAGACAACACUGGUGUGCUCAAGAGGAGACGGGUGAUGGCAUCUGACCGCAUGUGGUUCUACCCUCCAGAACCUCCGGCCUAUGUCGGAGGGGUUCUGCCAGGCCCACAGCUUUUUUUCCGAAGCCGUCUGUUUGUGUGGAGUCCAGUUGGGGUUUGGAGGUGCUCCCUGAAGUGUCCACGAGGUGACAAGUGUGUGGGGGCAGGAAAGGACGUGCACCUCUACAAGUCUGGCUAUCACCACCGGCCUCGUCACAUCUGCGACGGGUCCAGCUGGUACACAAUGCUGACUGAGGUUUUGUGCUGUGGCCCAUGUACCAAGGCAGGCAGGAACCAUGAGGGCAUUACGGUCGGACGGUGGCUUGCAUGGAUGCUGCUAUUCUGGCACAGCUGAGCGAAGCCCUUCAAGCCAUGUUUCCUUCUGUUCUCACUAGCAAACGUGGCGUGGACAAAAACGUUGUGCGUCUUCUGCGUGACAGGACUGAAGGGAACACAAUGAUCAAAGUGUGGCGGCAGAUCCAGGAAAAUCAUCACGAAGAGUACCUUCACCGCAAGGAUCUGUACACCACGCUGCUCAUGACUGUGGCAGAACCCGGAGGAAUUGUUUCUGCAUUGAGGCACAGGUUCCAGGCUCCACCUCCUCCAAGAGAGCUGCCUUCUGCCCCACUUUUGCGCCACGCCUUUCUUCUAGCUGAGGCCAAUAAUGUCCAGGACUACCGGAACCAGAUCCUUUCCACUUUUGGCACAGUGUUAAAAAUGGAUUCCACCAAGAAAGUGGUGAAGAAACUGUCUGGAGAGGGCCAUGGCUCAGCUCAGUGGUUCACCAGUAUUGCCAAUGAAUUCUCCCAAAUAGUGACCUUUGUGUUGACCUGUGAGGAGUCCACAGUGAAGCUGGCACCAAUGUGCAGUGGAGUCAUACAAAGGUUCCGACUGGCUAAUCAACCGGUCCCCAAAAUUUUGUAUGUGGACCAUGGGUGUUGUCGUGCACAAGGUCCAACAGCUGUUGAGACUCUGUUUGAGGCUUGGGUGAACAGGGGAAUGGUUGUGCGUUUAGACAUCUUCCACUGGAUUCACCGAUUUGACGCAGCCAUUCGAACAGACAGUCACUCUAAGUACGCUGCCUUUAAGUCUGCGCUGGCUGGCGCUGUCCUGGCCUACAACUGCACUGACCUGGACCUACUCAUCAAGGCUGUCAGGGCCAAGCACAACAGGUUGAAGACUCUGUCUGAUGAGGACAUUGUCCGAGACCACAUUUCUAGGGACCACCUCAACUACCAUGUGCGAAGGGUCACGCUCGGGGCGCAGGAAACAUUCCGGCUCAUCCACAUGGCGAUUGAAGAGUUAAAGGGUUCGGCCUGA